GUCUCUCUCUUGCGUUCAUCAAGCUUUAAAAAUCUCUUAUUCCUUCCCCAGUCAACUAUUCAAUCUCCAUUUGCUCAUAAAUAUAUAGCUUCUGGUUUUGGGUGUCUUUGGAAGAAGACUUUUACCAGAUUCUCCAUUGCAGCAAAAAGGGUAAAGCUCUGUGUUGAUCAAAUUACACGUAAAAUAGAUUUGUCGACUCGCUGAUUUGGGCAGCAGGUGGCCACUGAACGCUACUUUGAAGAUGCUAAUGACCCUUUAAAUGGAUUAGAAAAAAAUCCCAUGGAGAAUUGGGAGAAUCGAACAAAUUCGGUCACCGAUUCGGACGACGAUACCCCCUCCCGUUUCGACUGCAACAUCUGCCUGGACUCGGUGCAGGAUCCGGUGGUUACUCUAUGCGGUCACCUGUAUUGUUGGCCCUGCAUUUACAAAUGGCUUCAUUUGCAGACCAUCUCCACCGAAAACCAAAACCCGAGGCAGCAGCAAUGUCCUGUUUGCAAAGCUGAAGUCUCACACACUACACUGAUUCCGCUUUAUGGAAGGGGCCUAACAACCAACGCAUCAACAGGCAACACUCCGAAGAGACCUCUCGGUCCGACUUGUGGCGUCGGCAGGAUAAGGUCACCUAAUACGACCGGCGGUCUACGGUUUCCGCAGUCAUUACAUCACCAUGAUUAUUCAUAUGAACCACAACUCUACUACACUCAACCGGGCGGUUACCACAAUUCAUCGAUGCUUAGUCCCAGUGGCACAAUGAUAAGCGUACCGGAUCCUGUGACUGGAAUGUUGGGUGAGAUGGUAUACACAAGGGUAUUCGGGAACUCGAACUCGGAUUUAUACACACAUCCGAAUUCAUACAACCUGGCGGGGAGCACCAGUCGUAGGAUCAGAAGGCAAUUAAUGCAAGCCGAUAAGUCGCUAAGCAGAAUCAGUUUUUUCCUAUGCUGCUGCAUAUUUUUCUGUCUUCUUUUGUUCUGAUUUUUAGUAGUUUUCAAUAUA